AUGUUUUCUUACAUGCUUCUUCUGCUUUCAUUCAACACUGAUUCCUUUAUUUUCCUUUUUUUUUUUUUCUCUUUUCUUUUUUUGUUUCUUUCCCUUUUUUCUUUCUUUUUCCUUUUUUCUUUUUUUUCUUUCUUUUUUUUUUUUUUCUUUCUUUUUCCUUUUUUCUUUUUUUUUUCUUUUUCCUUUUUUCUUUUUUCUUUCUUUUUCCUUUUUUCUUUUUUCUUUCUUUUUCCUUUUUUCUUUUUUCUUUCUUUUUCCUUUUUUCUUUUUUCUUUCUUUUUCCUUUUUUCUUCCUUUUUUCCUUCUUUCUCCUUCUUUUUCCCUCUUUCUCCUUCUUUCUCCUUCUUUUUCCUUCUUUCUCCUUCUUUCUCCUUCUUUUUCUUUCCCUUUUUCUUUCUUUCCAUUUUUUCUUUCUUUCCGUUUUUUCUUUUCCCUUUUUCCGUUUUUUCUUUUCCCUUUUUCCGUUUUUUCUUUUCCCUUUUUCCGUUUUUUCUUUUCCGUUUUUCCGUUUUUUCUUUUUCAUUUCCCUUCUUUCUUUUCCCUUUUUUCCCAUUUUCUUUUCCCAUUUUUCUUUCACUUUUUUCUUUCACUUUUCUUUUUUUUCCUUCCCUUUUUCUUUUCCCAUUUUUCUUUCUUUUCCCUUUCUUUCCCCAUUUUUCUUUCAUUUCCCUUUUUUCCUUUUUUCUCUUCCCUUUUUCUUUCUUUCCUCAUUUCCCUUCUUUCCCUUUUUUCCCCUUUUUUCAUUCUUUUCCCAUUUUUCUUUUCUCAUUUUUCUUUCUUUUCCCAUUUUUCUUUCUUUUCCCAUUUUUCUUUCUUUUCCCACUUUUCUUUCUUUUCCCUUUUACAUUUCCCUUCUUUCUUUCCCUUUUUUCCUUCUUUCUUUCCCUUUUUUCCUUCUUUCUUUUCCAUUUUUUCUUCCUUUUCCUUCUUUCUUUUCCAUUUUUUCUUCCUUUUCCCAUUUUUCUUUCUUUUCCCAUUUUUCUUUCUUUUCCCAUUUUUCUUUCUUUUCCCAUUUUUCUUUCUUUUCCCAUUUUUCUUUCUUUUCCCAUUUUUCUUUCUUUUCCCAUUUUUCUUUCUUUUCCCAUUUUUCUUUCUUUUCCCUUUUCCAAUUAUUCUUUCUCUUUUUCUGUUUCUUUCUCUUUUUCUGUUUCUUUCUCUUUUUCUGUUUCUUUCUCUUUUUCUGUUUCUUUCUCUUUUUCUGUUUCUUUCUCUUUUUCUGUUUCUUUCUCUUUUUCUGUUUCUUUCUCUUUUUCUGUUUCUUUCUCUUUUCUGUUUCUUUUCUCUUUUCUGUUUCUUUCUCUUUUUCUGUUUCUUUCUCUUUUUCUGUUUCUUUCUCUUUUUCUGUUUCUUUCUCUUUUUCUGUUUCUUUCUCUUUUUCUGUUUCUUUCUCUUUUUCUGUUUCUUUCUCUUUUUCUACAUAGAAAACAAAACAAUUUCUUGUUCCUCUCUCUCUCUCUCUCGUUCAUUGCUCUCCCUCUCUCUCUCUCGUUCAUUGCUCUCCCUCUCUCUCUCUCGUUCAUUGCUCUCCCUCUCUCUCUCUCGUUCAUUGCUCUCCCUCUCUCUCUCUCUCUCUCGUUCAUUGCUCUCCUCUCUCUCUCUCUCGUUCAUUGCUCUCCCUCUCUCUCUCUCUCGUUCAUUGCUCUCCCUCUCUCUCUCUCGUUCAUUGCUCUCCCUCUCUCUCUCUCGUUCAUUGCUCUCCCUCUCUCUCUCUCGUUCAUUGCUCUCCCCUCUCUCUCUCGUUCAUUGCUCUCCCCUCUCUCUCUCGUUCAUUGCUCUCCCCUCUCUCUCUCGUUCAUUGCUCUCUCUCUCUCUCAUUCAUUACCCUCCCUCUCUCUCGUUCAUUACUCUCUCCCUCUCUCUCUCGUUCCUUCUCUCCCUCUCUCUCUCUCGUUCAUUGCUCUCCCUCUCUCUCUCAUUCAUUCUCUCCCUCUCUCUCUCUCAUUCAUUGCUCUCCCUCUCUCUCUCUCAUUCAUUACUCUCCCUCUCUCUCUCUCAUUCAUUCUCUCUCUCUCUCGUUCAUUACUCUCUCUCUCAUUCAUUACUCUCUCUCUCGUUCAUUGCUCUCCCUCUCUCUCUCUCUCUCUCAUUCAUUGCUCUCCCUCUCUCUCUCUCUCUCUUCAUUCAUUGCUCUCCCUCUCGUUCAUUGCCCUCCCCUCUCUCUCUCCCCCUCUCUCUCGUUCUUUGCUCUCCUCCUCUCUCUCUCUCUCUCUCUCUCUCAUUCAUUGCUCUCCCUCUCUCUCGUUCAUUGCUCUCUCUCUCUCUCUCUCUCUCUCUCGUUCAUUGCCCUCCCCUCUCUCUCGUUCAUUACUCUCCCUCUCUCUCGUUCAUUGCUCUCCCCUCUCUCGUUCAUUGCUCUCCCUCUCUCUCGUUCAUUGCUCUCUCUCUCUCUCGUUCUCUCUCUCGUUCAUCUCUCUCUCUCUCUCUCUCUCGUUCAUUGCUCUCUCUCUCUCUCUCUCUCUCUCUCAUUCAUUGCUCUCCCUCUCUCUCUCUCUCUCUCUCGUUCAUUACUCUCCCUCUCUCUCUCUCUCUCUCUUGUUCAUUGCUCUCCCUCUCUCUCUCUCUCUCUCUCUUAUUCAUUGCUCUCCCUCUCUCUCUCUCUCUCUCUCAUUCAUUCUCUCUCUCUCUCUCUCUCUCGUUCAUUGCUCUCCCUCUCUCUCUCUCUCGUUCAUUACUCUCCCUCUCUCUCUCUCUCUCUCUCGUUCAUCUCUCCCCUCUCUCUCUCUCUCUCAUUCAUUGCUCUCCCUCUCUCUCUCUCUCUCUCGUUCAUUGCUCUCCCUCUCUCUCUCUCUCUCUUCAUUCAUUGCUCUCUCUCUCUCUCUCGUUCAUUCUCUCUCUCUCUCUCAUUCAUUGCUCUCUCUCUCUCUCUCAUUCAUUGCUCUCUCUCUCUCUCUCUCGUUCAUUCUCUCUCUCUCUCUCGUUCAUUACUCUCCCUCUCUCUCUCUCGUUCAUUGCUCUCCCUCUCUCUCUCUCUCGUUCAUUGCUCUCCCUCUCUCUCUCUCUCGUUCAUUUCUCUCCCUCUCUCUCUCUCAUUCAUUACUCUCAUUCAUUCAUUACUCUCUCUCUCUCUCGUUCAUUCUCUCUCUCUCUCUCAUUACUCUCUCUCUCUCUCGUUCAUUCUCUCUCUCUCUCUCGUUCAUUGCUCUCUCUCUCUCUCAUUCAUUGCUCUCUCUCUCUCUCAUUCAUUCUCUCUCUCUCUCAUUCAUUCUCUCCCUCUCUCUCAUUCAUUACCCUCUCUCUCAUUCUCUCUCUCUCUCAUUCUCUCUCUCUCUCUCUCUCUCUCUCGUUCAUUCUCUCUCUCUCUCUCAUUCUCUCUCUCUCUCGUUCAUUGCUCUCUCUCUCUCUCUCAUUCAUUGCUCUCCCUCUCUCUCUCGUUCAUUGCUCUCUCUCUCUCUCGUUCAUUGCUCUCUCUCUCUCUCGUUCAUUGCUCUCCCUCUCUCUCAUUCAUUGCCCUCUCUCUCGUUCAUUGCUCUCUCUCGUUCAUUGCUCUCCCUCUCUCUCUCCCUCGUUCAUUGCUCUCCCUCUCUCUCUCCCUCGUUCAUUGCUCUCCCUCUCUCUCUCUCGUUCAUUGCUCUCUCUCUCGUUCAUUGCUCUCUCUCUCGUUCAUUGCUCUCUCCCGUUCAUUGCUCUCUCCCUCGUUCGUUCAUUGCUCUCUCUCUCUCAUUCAUUGCUCUCUCUCUCUCGUUCAUUGCUCUCUCUCUCUCUCGUUCAUUGCUCUUUUCACUGCCCCCCCCCCCUCACUCAGAAUCACACUCUUUCCCCUUCCUGUGCUCUCUCUCUCCCCUUCCUGAGCACACUCUCUUUCCCCUUCCUGUGCUCUCUCUCUUUCCCCUUCCUGUGCUCUCUCUCUUUCCCCUUCCUGUGCUCUCUCUCUUUCCCCUUCCUGUGCUCUCUCUCUUUCGCCUUCCUGUGCUCUCUCUCUCUUUCGCCUUCCUGUGCUCUCUCUCUCUUUCUCUCCUUCCUGUGCUCUCUCUCUCUUUCGCCUUCCUGUGCUCUCUCUCUUUCGCCUUCCUGUGCUCUCUCUCUCUUUCGCCUUCCUGUGCUCUCUCUCUCUUUCGCCUUCCUGUGCUCUCUCUCUCUUUCGCCUUCCUGUGCUCUCUCUCUCUUUUUCCUUCCUGUGCUCUCUCUCUCUUCGCCUUCCUGUGCUCUCUCUCUCUUUCUGUGCUUCCUGUCUCUCUCUCUCUCUUCUCUUCCCUGUGCUCUCUCUCUCUUUUUCCUUCCUGUGCUCUCUCUCUCUUUCCUUCCUGUGCUCUCUCUCUCUUUCGCCUUCCUGUGCUCUCUCUCUCUUUUCGCCUUCCUGUGCUCUCUCUCUUUCCUUCCUGUGCUCUCUCUCUCUUUCCUUCCUGUGCUCUCUCUCUCUCUCUUUCGCCUUCCUUCCUGAGCACUCUCUUUCCCCUUGCUUGUACUCUCCCGCUCUCUCUCUUUCCCAAUAUUGUAGUCUAUUGCUUACUUUCUCUCCCACUUCCUUCUGAACAUCCUGAGCACACUCUUUCCCCUUCCUGUGCUCUCUCUUUCCCCUUCCUGUGCUCUCUCUCUCUUUCGCCUUCCUGUGCUCUCUCUCUCUUUCGCCUUCCUGUGCUCUCUCUCUCUUUCGCCUUCCUGUGCUCUCUCUCUCUUUCGCCUUCCUGUGCUCUCUCUCUCUUUCGCCUUCCUGUGCUCUCUCUCUCUUCCUUCCUGUGCUCUCUCUCUCUUUCGCCUUCCUGUGCUCUCUCUUUCCUUCCUGUGCUCUCUCUUUCGCCUUCCUGUGCUCUCUCUCUUUCCUUCCUGUGCUCUCUCUCUCUUUCGCCUUCCUGUGCUCUCUCUCUCUUUCGCCUGUGCUCUCUCUCUCUUUCGCCUUCCUGUGCUCUCUCUCUCUUUCGCCUUCCUGUGCUCUCUCUCUCUCUCUCUUUCGCCUUCCUGAGCACUCUCUUUCCCCUUGCUUGUACUCUCCCGCUCUCUCUCUCUCCCAAUAUUAAAAGUUUGUUUUUCUUCUUUGUCUUCCAUCAUUGUCUCUCUCCUUCUUUGUCACUUCUUCUCCUUCUUUGUCACUUCUUCUCCUUCUUUGUCACUUCUUCUCCUUCUUUGUCACUUCUUCUCCUUCUUUGUCACUUCUUCUCCUUCUUUGUCACUUCUUCUCCUUCUUUGUCGUUUCCUUCUUUGUCGUUUCCUUCGUCUCCUUCUCCUUCAUCUCCUUCUCCUUCGUCUCCUUCUCCUUCGUCUCCUUCUCCUUCGUCUCCUUCUCCUUCGUCUCCUUCUCCUUCGUCUACUUCUCCUUCGUCUCCUUCUCCUUCUUCUUCGUCUCCUUCGUCUUCGUCUCCUUCGUCUUCUUCUCCUUCGUCUUUGUCUCCUUCUUCGUCUCCUUCUUCUUCUUUGUCUCCUCCUUCUUCUUCUUCUUUGUCUCCUCCUUCUUCUUCUUCUUCUUUGUCUCCUCCUCCUUCUUCUUCUUCUUCUUUGUCUCCUCCUCCUUCUUCUUCUUCUUCUUUGUCUCCUCCUCCUUCUUCUUCUUCUUCUUUGUCUCCUCCUCCUUCUUCUUCUUCUUCUUUGUCUUCUUCUUCUUCGUCUUCUUUGUCUUCUCUUUUCACAUAA